AUGGUUCGUCUGCGACUUCAGCGCUUCGGCAAGAAAAACUGGCCAUUCUACCGCCUGGUGGCAGCCGAUGCUCGCUCUCCGAGAGAUGGCAAAUGCCUCGAGUACCUGGGAACUUACAACCCCCUGCCGACCAAGCAUGGGGAGAAGUUUGUCACGUUGAACUACGAUAGGAUCAAGUACUGGCUGGUGGUUGGUGCACAACCUACCGACCGAGUAGCGAAGUUGCUCGGAGGUGCAAACAUUUUGCCUUUCAAACCCGAAUACAGAUUCAAGGAACCCAAGGAGAAGAAGGAGUAG